UGUUCGAAUUCAGCUUUACAAUAUUGUUUCGAGUAGGAGAAAUUAUGUGUUUUCCGCGUUUUCCGUUAAGUUAUCGCAGACUUUCAGGCUUUAACGGCCAGUACUGUUCAACAUUCUCUUCAAUAAGGAAUUAUGCGCUAGACACCCGACAUUAUAAUAAUAAAUUUGUAUCUUAUAAUAAUUCUUUACUUCAAAAAACGUAUCGAAAACGCGUAACUCCCUCAAUUUGGAAACCCGUUUUGUUUACAUUAAUCGCUUCUGGUUCGUCAUUCGCUAUAGCAACAAACAUUUCUGCGGAAAAAAUAAAGGCUCGUCGUAAAAAUAUGUAUCAUUUUUAUAAUGAUAAUGAUCAAAACGCUGGAGAUAUAGUGACUUAUAGAGAACCCUGGGUCAAAGGAAUAUUUCAUCGAUUAAUUCAAAAGAUUGAAGAUUCCAAAUUUUAUAAAAGCUUGCACGGAGAUUGGACAUAUAUGACCAAACGAUGGAACUCAUUGAGCGAUAGUACGAAAACUACUGCAAUUUUGAUUGGAAUUAACACGAUUAUCUUUGGAAUGUGGCAAAUUCAUCCUUUACGAGCAGUUAUGAAUAAUUAUUUUGUUCAUAAUCCACUUUCUGGGCGGUCAUUUACAUUGCUAACUUCAAUGUUUAGCCAUGAGGCUUUCUGGCAUUAUAGUUUUAAUAUGCUGGCUUUGUAUUCUUUUGGGGAUUUAGUUUAUCGCAUUUUUGGGAAAGAGCAAUUUCUUGCGUUUUAUCUUUCCUCCGGAAUGGUUGCAUCUUGUAUUAGUCAUAUUGUUUCCUUAAGUUUCAAACGGUACAAUAUAUUGCCAUCUUUAGGAGCUUCUGGGGCUAUUUUCGCAUGCGUUGCUGCUUGCGCAAUUCAAUAUCCUGAUUCUUCUGUAUAUUUGAUAUUUUUGCCAUUUUUUCCGAUUAAGAUCAGUUACGCACUUCCUGCUAUAAUGGCAUUUGACUUGUGGGGAAUUGUAUCUGGGAUGACAAUGUUCGACCAUUUUGCACACUUGGCUGGUACUAUGUUUGGUCUAAUUUACACAAAAUUUGGACAGGAAUCAUAUUGGAAGGCGGUAAAACAAAUAUAGUUAAUUCAUCUUGGACAUUAAUAUCCUAUAUUAAUUUGAUGAUAGAAUUGUUUACAAAACUUAUGUAUAUAUCUUAUAUUAACCAGAAGAGAAACCAAUUUAAUUACAACAUUCAAUUCUG